AUGAAAAUAGAAGUACAUAUAAAGGAUAAAUAAUUCGCUAUAAAUUGUGGAGAUGGAUUGCAGAAAGUGAAAUGGUUAGGAGAUGUGGCUAUAUUUAGACAUAGUCACUUCUACUCAUAGAUAAAUUCGACGACGAAAGGGAUCAAAUUAGAAAAUGGAGAAAUGGUCGAUUUGAAUGCAAUAAUUAGUAGUACUUUGGCAGAGAAUACUCAUGUUUGGGUUGUUUUAAAAGGUAUUUUUAGCUUAUGAAAUGUUUUAGAGGAUUUAGAGGCAAUGGGUAUGGAUGCGAAAUAGUAAUAACAAUAACAUAAGAGACCAAUAACUGCCGUGAGUAGAAGAAAGUGA